AUGGACGACUUUCAGCGAGUUUCUGGAAGAUGCGAGAGGCGUUUCAGUAAAAGAAGUGAUGAUGAAAGCGUAGUGCCUGACGGCGAGGAGGAGGAUGACGACGACAUGCCGGACCUUUGCAGCGACCCUGAAGAUUGUGAUUACAACGAGAUUCAAGACGGUGGGGAUCAUGGAAUUAGGGAUCAAGGCGGUGGGGGUCAAGGUCGUGAAGCAGGGGAGAAUGGGUAUGAGAGUCGGGACGGUCGUGCAGCCGAAGAGGAUUUUAUGUUCAACGAUAGCGCUGUGACGGCGACACUAGCGGUUGUGACUGAAGCGGGGGGAGCAGCAGUAGCGGAAGUGGAAGAAGAUGAACUGCCGGAUCUCGUAUCGCCUCGUACGAGCACGUCACCGGAUGUGGCUGAAACGGGUGUACCUGAAAUGCGUGUGACAGAAACGGAUGUGCUUGAAACGAGGCCUCUGAAUGAGAAUGAAGCGGCAGCAAGCGAGGAUGAACUGCCAGCUCUUACCAGCGGCAGCGAUGGUGGUGCUAUUAGCGAGAGUGACCAUAUCGUGUACGACGAGGACGAGGAAAACGAGAUAGAGGAACGGUGGUGGAGGAGGGAGAAUGAGACCGCGGGCGUCAGGGGCCGUUAUUAUAACGAGCCCGAUGAGAGCGACAACAGCGAGUACAGCGAGAGUGACAAUAGCGAGUACGAGUUGGAGGAGAGGGAGGCAGAGAAUCGAAUCCCAGGCCGCAGGAACCGCGGAAAUUGGGUUGCGGAUAAUUUUCUUAGCACUUUAAGACAACUGGAGGGUUUGUUGCUGGAGAUAGGAGGCUCGUGGUCUAGCCUUGAAGGGGAGGCGGAGGGAGAAGAAGGACAGGAGGCGGAAAGGGAGGGGGAGGAAGAAGAGGAUGGGGAGGAGGAGGAGGAGGAGGAGGAAGGAGAGGGGGGAUGGAGUGAUGCAGAGGAGGAGCAUGUGGGAGGGAGGGCGCGCGUGCCUCUGUUUCGCAUGGGCGUUGAGAGGCUGGCGUCUGGCUUUAACAGCGGACGGGGCAGACGCGGACGACGAGGGGUGAGGCGAGGAGGUGUGGCGGGGACUGGCUUGAGAGGUGGUGUUACGGAGCUGGAGGGGAGGGAGGAGAGGGAGGAGAGGGAGGGGAUGGAGGGAAUGGUGGGGAGGGAGGGAGGGGAAGCGGGGGAGGGGGGUUCAGGACGAGCCAACUUGCAGAGGGCCGUUCCUGCUUCGUCCACGUCAUCAUCCCCUGCCCCUGCUGCAGCUGCUACAGCAGCAUCGUCGUCAUCAUCAUCCACAUCAGCAUCCACGUCAGCAUCGUCUGUGUCUUUGUUGUCAGGAUCGUUAUCCGCAGAACAAGCGGCAGAAAUGGCACGGCUGGAAGGCGCAGCACCAGUCUUUCUGAGACCUUUUCAGGAGGUCGAGGGAGCAACUCCUGCUGUGCAGCAGGGCGAGAGGGAGCGCGGCGAGAGGCAGAGAGAAGAAUGGGAGCGAGGAGAAGCACCUGGGAGAGAAUCAUCUGAGGGAGAAGCGUUCGAGCGAGAAGUGCAUGAGAGGCAGGCGCGUGAGGCAGAGGCGCAAGCGUUUGUAGCGGGGCCCACAGAAGACAGGGGAGCAGGACUGCUGAGGCGGCUAAGAGCAGCCCAGCAGCAGGCGCUGCUGCGGCUGGAGGUGGGGUUGGAGAGGCGGCUGCAGCAGCUGAUGCAGGAGCUCGUGGGGCCGUCCGUUCAUGUGGAGUUCAGCCUUCGCCGCGGCCGCCUUGUCAACGCUGACGGUAGCCUUGCUGCUGGUGCUGGUGGCGUUGCCGGUGCUGGUGCUGGUGCUUCUGGUGCUGGUGCUGGUGGUGGUGCUGGUGAUGCUGGUGCUGACGCUGGUGGUGGUGGUGGGGUUGGUGGUUUGUAUGGUGCUGGUUUUGGUGGUGGUGGUGCUGGUGGGCUGGCCUUUGGCGGGGCUGGGUUCGAGGCUCGGAUACACUGGGGCGCCGGACCUGCUGCUGCCGAACCUGCUGGUUUCGCAGGCGCGGGUGGUGCUACCACGGAUUCAGACGGAGUCACAACCACAACCAUCGUUUUUGGCAACAGAGGCCACUUUGGCAACCGAGGAGACUAUCUCGACGGCCCAGGCUUAGACGCUUUUCUCGACCAGCUCGUUGCGGCAGACGCGCAACAACGCGGCAACCCCCCAGCGGCGCUAUCCGCGGUCGACGCGCUGCCAGCUGUCGCCGUGCGAUUGGAGGACGUGGAGAGUGGCACGUCGUGCUGCGCGGUGUGUAAGGAGGUGGCGGAGGUGGGGGAGGAGGUGGUGAGGCUGCCGUGCCGGCACCUGUACCAUGGGGGUUGCAUUCGACAGUGGCUUGCCGUGAGAAACUCGUGCCCCAUCUGCCGGUUUGAGUUGCCCUCAGAUGAUGAGGAGUAUGAGGAGCGGAGGCGGCUGCGAGAGCGAGAGCAAACGGGGCGGUCGCAGGGGGUGGGGGAGGAAGCCGGGCGGCGGCAGAGAGUGGGGUCAGAAGCAGGGCAGCGCCAGGGGGAGGGGGGGGAAGCAGGGCUGUGGCAGGGAGAGGGGGGGGCGGAUGGGUGGCGGGGACAGGAACCGCAGCAGCAGGGGCUGCAGGAGAGGAGGCGGCAGAGAGAGGUGCAAGCAGAUGGGACUUUUCGGGAGCAGCAGCGGAGGCAGGAGCAGGAGCAGGGACGGGAGCAUGAGGUGGAGCAGCAGCAAGAGGGGGAGGCACGUGUGGUAGGAGGGGAUGCGGACCAGGCUUCACUAGGAGCUGACAGCAUAAGAGGCAGUGAGCAGUGGCAGAAUGGUGCGACAAGAGUCGGCGUGCAGCUUGGCGUGCAGCUUGUGGGAGGAGGGGAUGGGCAGCGGGCUUUGGUCGGAGCUGACAACCCAAGAGGCAGCACUGAUCGCCCACACCAUGGGGUGGCACGAGCUGGCGCGAAGCAUGUGGUGGGUGAACGGACUGAGGAGUUGGAAGGCGAGGGGAGUGGUGAUCAGAGGCGUUUGGAAGGAGGUAGUGAAGAGGGCUUGAGGCAGAGCGUGGAGCAGGACGAGGGGGGUGAUGGUGUGGGGAACAUGAGUUUGCACGGCCGUAGCGAAGCAGUGCGUGGUGCGGGGAGGGGAAGGGGCGGGCGGGCGCGCAGGCAAGGAGGCCAUUUGCUGCGCCUGGCUGGCGUGGUGGCUGCGUUUGCUCUGGGGAGGUCGGUGGUGAGGCGUAUUAGAAGGGGAGAGCCGGGUCCAUGGGAGAGCUCAAGGGAGGAGUGA